AUUCAUUCUGACCAUUUUUCUUGGCCCACUGCACAGCAUCCGCUGGCCUGAAAAACCGUUCUGCUAGUCCUUUUCCCGGUCCGAUAAUGAUCCGCCGGUCCAGGUUCUCCUCACCAUCUAAAUCGGUCACUGCUAUAUCCAUGCUUUAGGAACUCCAGCAUAUGUGGAACUAGAUCAAUUAGCUCAAAUAUCCCAAUCUUCCGCACUAGAUUUUAUCUUUUGUCAUCAAAUACCACAUAGAUCCUCUAUCCCGUAAUGAAAACACCUAGGAGCUGGUGCUUAGCCAAUUUUGAAUAGAAAUUGGUUAAAACAACCAUGCCUCGAGAGAUAUUAUGUCAGCCGAAAAAACAAGGAUCCAUGGGUCCUGUUUACCCAUUUCGAUAUGUCUCCAAUCAUCGCGAGAGUCCAAUUCCCUGUUAUCUCCUAGCAAAACCUUCUCUUCCACCUAGCGAUAGCCUUAUCUCUGGGAUGAGGCCAAAUCAAAGCGAGUCCAUCCAGAGUUGGUGUACUGCUUCUUUUAAAAUGAUCUAUCUCGUACGCCAACGAUGCGAGGAUAUUUCUGAAUUUUCGGGCACUGUGGAGCACACAGGUGCUAAGCAGAAGCACCUUGUAUAAAACCUUGUUAAUUUGCUACUAACAAGUUAAUUAAUUGCUAUUUUAACUAAUUAAGUGAACUAGACAAAUUUGGUUUUUCUGUUAUUUUUAAAUUAAAAAUGUUGAUAGUUCAUUAAUUUUUUUGACUAUUUGAAAUAUUUAAAAUGAAAAAUAAUGAGAUACUUAAUUGUUAAGUGGCAUAUUAAGAUAAUAAAAAAAAAAUUAUUUUUUUUUUAAAUUUAAGUCCUUAUAGGUGAAUCAUAAAUCAUAAUCAUAA